AUGGGGAGCUUGACUAAUUGCAUGCUUCUUUCAACUUCCACCAUUCCGUCUUAUUUCUUCAAUGGUCUUCAACGGAGAACAUCAAGCUUCCGCGACUUCAGGCAUCCUGCAUCUGUCAAACACUUCUCCAGAUCAGCAAGACCCAUAGGUGUUCGAAAAGUUAUUACAGAAGCAAAACAGGACAUGCUGAAGGAUUCUGAAGCAGUACAACCAAACACUUGUAACCAAGUGGUUGAACAAGAUGCGAGGAUUGAAACCUUGAUAAGAGAAAUCAAGGAUAUGUUCUUAAGGUUGGGAGAUGGUGAAAUAAGCCCAUCAGCCUAUGACACAGCAUGGAUUGCAAGAAUUCCAUCCCUGAAUGAUCCAAACAAACCACAGUUUCCAACAACACUUCAAUGGAUCCUUAAGAACCAACUAAAUGAUGGCUCAUGGGGGGAGCCUAGUUUCUUCUCUUUAUAUGAUAGGCUUGUUUCACCUGUUGUAUAUCCAAUUGACAUUUUUGAGCACAAUUGGAUGAUCGAUACAAUCCAACGCUUGGGAAUAGAUCAUCACUUUCGCAAGGAAAUUUCUAAUGCUCUUGACUUCUUAUAUAGAAAUCUUAGGAAAGAUGGUCUAGCAUGGGAAAGAGAUGCCAUUGUUACUGACAUUGAUGAUACCUGUAUGGGGCUCAGAUUAUUAAGGUUACAUGGCUAUCCUAUAUCUCCUGAUGUGCUGGAGUACUUCAAGGAUAUUGAUGGUACUUUCUUAUGCUAUAUGGGCGAGACACAUAAAGGAGUUUCAGAUUUCUUCAGUUUGUAUCGAUUCUCCCAAAUCGCAUUUUUGGGAGAGAAGAUACUAAAACAAACAAAAAUUUUCACAGAGCAACAUUUGAUUAAAAGCAUCAAAGACAAUCAUGUUUAUGACAAGUGGGCAAUAAAGAAAGCCUUAAAUAAGGAGAUUGAAUGGGCACUGAGAAACCCAUGGAAGAUGAGUCUUCCUAUGCUUGAAAUGCAAGAAUACAUAAAAAAUUAUGGAGAUAAUGAUGUUUGGAUUGAGAAAACUAUCUUUAGGAUGUAUAAUAUCAAUAAUUCGAAAUACUUGGAAUUGGCCAAGUUAGAGUGCAACAAGCUGCAGGCCAUACACACAAGAGAAGCUAAAUCGAUACUUCUAUGGUGGAAUUCCUGUGGCUUUAAUAAUCUUGUUGUCACCCAAUUGAACCCAAAGGAGAUUCAUUUCUCAAUAUGUGCAGCUAUAUAUGAGCCAGAAUUUUCAACCUCUAGGAUUGCUUAUACCAAAUGUAAUUGCAUUGAAAGUAUACUCAAAGAUAUUUUUCAGAGCCAUGAAUCCUUUGAAGAACUAAAAAUAUUUUGUCAAGCAAUCAAUGAAUGGAAACCUGCAAUGGUGCAAGUUCUACCGAGCAAAUUGAAACGAGUAUUUAUGGUAGCUUAUGAAACCAUGAAUGAACAGGCAAUAGGAGCUAAUAAUGCUCAAGGAAAAGAUGUCUUUCCCUACUUACAUGAUUUAAGAAAACAACAAGUGCAACAAUACCUUAAAAUCAGAGAAUUUAAAGACAUCAAGCAAUUUGAAAUCUUUGAAGAAUAUGUAGAUCAAGUUAAGAGAGGACUCGCAGUGACCAUUAGAUUGUUACCAGCCGUGCUUCUCAUGGGAGAUGUUCUGCCAGGUAAUGCACUCAAAAGCUUGGUUCACAAAUCAACAAUUCUUGAGCAACUAGCUUCAUACAUUGCAUUGUUGAAUCUAAUGACAGAGGAAAGAAGUGCAGUUUAUAUGUACAUGAAAGAACAUAAUUGCUCUGAGCAAGAUGCACUAUCUUACAUAGAAGAAAAGAUCGAUGAUGCAUUUGUUGAAUUUACGCAUGAGUACCUGAAGCCCAAUAAACAUAUUUCACAUUCUUGUCGCCGACUGAUCUUCGAACAUGGCAGAAUAAUUCGAUUUUCUCUCAAUAAAAGAAUCAAUGGUCAACCUGUAGAGUCGAUGGAUAAAGUUUACACUCCAACACUCUAA